AUGCAGGCUCUAUCACCACCUCCGUCGUCGUCGUCGCUCAGCUCCUCGAUAGUGGGGACCAGCCGCCGCCGCCGUCCCCCCACCGGCCCACUCGUCGUCCACUGCAUCCACCGCUCCUACGACUCCGUCAACUUCCCCGCAGGCGUCGUCUCCAGCAGAUCUGACUGGCAGAGCUCCUGCGCUAUCCUCUCCAGCAAAGUCGUUGGUCAGGAGCAGCCUCCUGAAAGUAGAUCUGGAGGAGAUAAUGGACCUACUGCUGCUGCGGCUGAUUCCAUUGCCUCCGUCAACGGUCACAAGACUAUUGACCUGGAUUUGGUCCCAAUCGACAAGGCUGCGGCCGACGGCAGCAACAACGGCAACAGGCCGUUGCCGUUGCAGAAGCCGCUGACUAUCACCGACCUGGCUCCAGCUCCGAUGCACGGCUCGCAGCUCCGAGUCGCGUACCAGGGAGUCCCCGGCGCGUACUCCGAGGCGGCGGCAGGUAAGGCUUAUCCUAAAUGUGAGGCGAUUCCGUGCGACCAAUUCGAGGUCGCUUUCCAGGCGGUGGAGCUCUGGAUCGCGGAUCGAGCGGUUCUGCCGGUGGAGAACUCGCUGGGCGGGUCGAUUCACAGGAACUACGACUUGCUCCUCCGCCACCGCCUUCAUAUUGUCGGGGAGGUCCAGCUGCCGGUCCACCACUGCCUGAUGGCGCUGCCGGGGGUGCGGAAGGAGUACAUCACGCGCGUGAUCUCGCACCCGCAGGCGCUGGCCCAAUGCGAGCACACGCUCACCAAGCUGGGGCUGCAGGCGGCGCGUGAGGCCGUGGACGACACGGCGGGGGCGGCGGAGUACAUUGCGGCGAACAAUCUAAGGGAUACGGCGGCGAUCGCGAGCGCACGCGCGGCGGAGCUGUACGGGAUGCAGAUCCUGGCGGACGGGAUCCAGGACGACUGCGGGAACGUGACGCGCUUCGUGAUGCUGGCGCGUGAGCCGAUCAUCCCGAGGACUGACCGGCCGUUCAAGACGAGCAUCGUCUUCGCCCACGACAAAGGGACGAGCGUGCUGUUCAAGGUGCUGUCGGCGUUCGCCUUCCGGAACAUCAACCUGACCAAAAUCGAGUCGCGACCGCACCGGAACCGGCCGAUCCGGCUGGUGGACGACGCCAACGUCGGGACGGCGAAGCACUUCGAGUACCUGUUCUACGUGGAUUUCGAGGCGUCGAUGGCGGAGGUGAGGGCGCAGAACGCGCUGGCGGAGGUGCAGGAGUUCGCGUCCUUCUUGCGGGUGUUGGGUAGCUAUCCGAUGGACAUGACCCCAUGGUCCCCUUCCGGUGGAGAUUAA